GUCUACCCUAGACUGUUGUCUUUUUUGUUGGUCUGGAAUUUAUAGAAGUCGGGAGUGUACGAAAAAGUGACCGUGUCUGCGGCAGCGGCGAAAGACAACCAAACCAUGGCGACGGAACUCGAAGAACUAGUGGGAUUUCUAUCUUCCCCAUCUCCAAAUUUGACAAAGGCAGCUGUUGAUAUUGUUCAUGGAUUAACCGGGUCCGAAGAUGGCUUGAAGUCUCUAGCCAGUCAUGCAGAGAUUCUGCUGCCGCCAUUAUGGCGGCUCUUAGCCGGAAAGAAGGAGGUCUCGGAACCUGCAGCAGUAGCUCUUGUUAAUCUUUCCCAGAGGUCGGCUGUAGCAGCAAAGAUGGUUGAUAUGGGAAUGAUUAACCUGGCUAUGGACCUUUUAUUUAAGUCAGAACCUAAUAUAAGCCGGUUGCUGGUAAUGCUUUUAGUUAAUCUCACACAAUUAGAAAGUGGUACUGCCUCUUUACUGCAGACUGGACAUGAGAAAAUGCAAGGGCUCUAUGUUAUGAAGCUUGUGAGAUCAUUUUGUAGAUCCUCCUCCAGUGAAGAUAGCGAAGAUCCAUUUGAACAUGUUGGGUCUAUACUUGUGAACAUCUCAAAGAAAGAAGCAGGCAGGAAACUUUUACUGGACCCUAAGCGAGGACUUCUGAAGCAGAUUAUUAGACAGUAUGACUCUUCUAGCCCAUUGAGAAGGAAAGGGGUUUCUGGAACUAUUCGUAACUGUUGUUUUGAAGCUGCGAGCGAGCUUCAGAAUUUGCUUUUGAUUUCAGAGUUUCUCUGGCCAGCUCUGCUUCUGCCUGUUGCUGGUAACAAGAUUUACAGUCAGCAAGAUAGAUCAAAAAUGCCACUUGAGCUUAGUAGUGCUCUCUCAAUUGAGCGUGAACCAGUUGAUGAUCCUGAAAUUCGUGCUGAAGUCCUGGAGGCAAUAUACAUGAUCACAUUACAGGAGGCAGGUCUAAGAGCCUUUUGGUCUGUCAAUGGACCAAGAAUAAUACAAGUGGGUUAUGAAGAUGAGGAAGAUCCUAAAGUAAUGGAAGCAUAUGAGCAACUCGGCUCCUUGUUGAUUAAUAGCAGCGGGACGGAGGAAUCAGCAAUUGAGACAUCAAAUUAGCAGUAAGAAGAUCAUCAAUUUUGAUCCAAUGGACCCUCAGCAGGUUUGCAAUGCUGGCCGUCAGAACUCAAAGCAAUGCUUUUGGUGAUGUUUGUCGUGGCAUAACCUUUAGCCCUUUCAGAAUAGAAUUGUUCGGCUGGUUAGGAAAAAGUGUUAUGAGUUAUGGAAAAAGAUGGCAUUCUAAGCACAUUGAAAUAGAUAACCUUGUGCUAUGUUUGAAUCCUUAAAGUUACUCAGUUUGGAUCCCAUUAAAACUCAAAUUUACCAUCGUUGGAGUCUUCAUUUCCA